AUGAAGAGAUCGAUCGAAUGGGAUGACGGAGAUCGUACUUUGAGCUGUAACGCCGUUGACCGUUCCAGUUUCCCAUGGUUUGGAGAGAUAGCGAAUUACCUCGCUGCUGAGCACGAACCUACUGGUUUGUGGGGAACAAGAAGAAGAAGUUCUGAGAGACAUAGGCGCUAUUUCUGGGAUGAGCCAUACCUGUACAAGCACUGCACCGAUGGAGUCUACAGGAGAUGUGUAGCUGAUGAGGAGAUACCUGGGAUCUUGUUCCACUGUCAUAGCUCGUCUUAUGCUGGACACUUCGCCACGUACAAGACUGUAUCCAAGGCGCUGCAAGCUGGCUACUGGUGGCCCACCAUGUUCCGAGAUGCUCACAGAUUCGUGUCUAAGUGUGAUGUAUGCCAGAGACAGGGGAACAUCAGUAAGAGAAACGAGAUGCCACAGAACUUCAUUCUGGAAGUAGAGUGGGUAGAGGCUUUGGCCAGUCCCACUAAUGAUGCAAAGGUCGUGAUGAAGAUGUUCAAGUCGGUGAUCUUCCCUCGAUUUGGUGUGCCAAGAGUUGUUAUCAGUGAUGGAGGUUCCCAUUUCAUCAAUAGGACCUUCGAUAAUAUGUUGAAGAGGCACGGGGUGAAGCACAAGGUGGCGACUCCUUAUCAUCCCCAGACGAGUGGCCAAGUCGAGCUAUCUAACAGAGAGAUCAAGAACAUUCCUUCAAAGACUGCAGGCACAACUGGGAAGGAUUGGGCUUGCAAAGUUAGAUGA